GAAAGAGAGUCUAAAGUUUGAAUCAUCUACUGUCGGUUCUUUCAGGUGUUCUUCGUUGCGAUUACUCGUUUCCAUCUGGAAGAAGUCAUUUCUUUCAAAAUGAUUUCCACUUUAAGGAACCACUUUGUACUUUACCUUUGGGCCAACAAAGGCGCUGUAGUGACCUUAGGAAGAACAGCUAUAAAUGUUGCAAAUGCUGUAAAUCAUAAUUAGCAAUUUUCGGCAUUCUUCAAUUGAGCGGAAAACAAGAUUCCUCCAUCUGUGAUAUAAUGAUUGAUCGCUAUGUCGAGAAAUCGAACACUGGCGUUGUGAGAGUUAGCAAGAAACCGAUAUGAAUUCUAAGAAGACGAAACGAAAUAAAGAGGAAUCGUUAUUGAUUUCAUACAACUCCGCAGAGGAUCGCGGUGGUGUCAGGCGAAGCAGUGAAUCUGAAGACAACGUUCAACCAUUGGAUUUACCACCAACUCGACUACGACGUCCAAGAUCCAGGAAAAUUCAUGUUCCUAUACAAUCCAAAACUUGUUGUUCACCAUGGAAUGCUCUUCAGGUGAUCUUUGUCCUGUUCACUGUUGGAACAAUGAUCUCCAUGAUGUGGUUCACAAUAAUACUGAAGACAUCACUAGAGUCUAUGAAGAAAAGGAUCACCUCAUUGGAGUCAUUUGAUAGAAGCACUUCAAGGGAAUAUGAGAGCCUAAAUAAUGACCUGACUAACAAGUACAAGGCUUUAGAAACUGACCGAGAAAAAGCUGUAAAACACGAUGAUGAACAAUUUAAAUCAAUUCUUAAGCAGAUUGCUUAUUUAAACUUAACAGUAGAUGAAUUAAAGAAGAAGGUUAAGUUACCAGAAAGUGCAAGCACAUUAACAAAAGAUAUUGAGUCACUGAAGAAAGGAAUGGCUGACACAGGUGGUGAUAUAACAGAGAUUAAAGACAAAAUUAAACAGCUAACAGAUUUAGCUGGUAAACAGCAGAAGAGAAUGGAAAAGUUGACAAAAAAUGUUUAUAAUCUUUCGGUUCAAGUAGCUCAAGUAAUGGGAAAGCCAACUCCCAAAGCUCCAGCAAAUACUGGAACUCCACCCCUAAUUUUACGGAUGCCAGUCAAUGCUGAUGAGAAACAACAAGAUGGAGAUGAAUCAGUGGUGAAGAAUUUCACAGCACAAAUUUCAGUGGAAGUUGGCAGGGUUAUGGGAAUUCUGACAACAGUGAACCAGACAUUGUCUUAUGAAGUAUCAAAAUUAAGGCUUUUGAUGAAGGGCUUGUUGAAGGAAGUCAAGAAACAUGUUGUAGCUCUUGAUGACUUACAGACUAAAGUCACACAGGUUUUGAAACAAAACCACAGCAGUGUAAUCUCUAGAGGUCACCUUGAACCAGACAGUGACAUGCUUUCAGAGCAGGUCUCCAAUUUAUCACUUGAAGUGAAAAAGCUAUCAGAUUAUGUUGACCAACAGUCCAAGAAUUUGGCUGAACUGAUGCUAGAAGUGCUACAAAUUAACACAACUGUUUCCCAUCAACAAAGUCUCGGUACACCAAAAAAAUCUGUCUCAUGCAAUUGUUCUACGGAAGUUGGAAAGAUACGGGAACAGUUAUCCAGCAACAAAUUGAGCAUCGAAUCACUGAAGCAAGAACUCCAAGCUCUUCAAAGUAACUUAGACAGUUUGUCAAAAACUACCUUACAACCUGACACUACAAAAUCAGACCUUCCUGAGGAAAAGCAGAAAAACCACAAUCAGAGUUUGAGCGAUAGUGUCACAGAAGACACCGAAAAAGAUGAUCUUGAGGAUGUUGGACUUGCGGCUGAACUUGUCAAGCCGUCACCCACACCAAGAAGUAAUGCGAAUGACUCUGCGUCAAAAGUUAAUAAGGUUGCAGAAAGUGUAACAGAAAAUCCAACUGAGAAAAGUGAACUUGAAGCUGAAAGUGUAAAACCAUCACCUUCACAGAGUGAUGGAAGUCACACUGCAUCAAAAGGUGAUAAUCUAAAAGAACUUCCUGUAAAUGCCUUACCAACUGGACAUGUUAAAUCAACGCAGAAUUCUACGCAGCCUUUAAAUAUGACUGCAUCACCUCAGAUCUCAUCCAUCAACGCCACAAAAGACAGACAAAAUUCAUCUUCUGGUGACAAGAUUAAGGUAGAAGUUGUAAAGGUACCAACUCCCAGCAAAGAAGAGGCCCUGGAAGAUAGCCUAGAGGAUCCCGGCUCAGAUUCAGCUUAAAUUUAUACAAUAGGCUUUGAGUGCUUUUUCUACCGGUGGUCUAAUGAAGUCAGGUGUACUGAAUAUAGUUAAUUAUAAAGAAUUAUGGUUCAAUGCAGUUUUAAAGAGUUAUGGGUCGAUGCAGUUUUAAUGAAAGAUAGCCAAUGCUAUUUACAUAAAGUGACUUUUGAAAGGGUUUUUUAUAUCAAGAGUUAAAAUUUAUUGAUCAAAUUGUCUAGACUGAUAUUUAACGUCAAGAAAGGUCGGACAUUAAUGGGACAGGUAAUCACUUUUUUUCUGGAAUUUUUUUGGACCUCAAUCGGACUGACAUUUCUUGUAACCUGUUAUUAGAAUAGUGCAUGUCGUGAGGUUGGGUUUAAAGGUUCCCGUUGCACUUCCUCUGUCAUCGGCUGAAAACUUUAACAAUGUGAUGGCAAGUUCAAUGAUGUGCUCUUAAGUGUCUGCACCAAUUUUGUACUUAGACAAUUUCAACGAGUGUUGCUCGUGAGAUAAUUGAAGCAUCAUGAUGAGGCUUUCUCGAACUACUUAAUAAACAAUUCUACUCCCAAUAAAUGGUGUUCUCCAUG